CUCUCUCUCUCUGAACUCAAUAAUACAUCAUACAGUUGUUUUCCUAACCAUUUCUUAAACUCUUCUGACCCCCUCAAACACAACUCAACCAUCUCUCUUGUUCUCCUCAUGGAAGUUGAGUUAGGCUUACUUGGUGGUGGUGGUGGAGAGGCUGCUUCUGAGGCUUCAUCUUACCAAAACGAAGCUGAGCUGGAGUUGGGUCUUGGUCUGAGCCUCGGUGGUUGUGGUGGUGGUUCUGUGAAGACUAAAGCAGGGUCUCCAUGGGGUGAGUAUGGUAGAAUCUUGACUGCCAAUGAUUUCCCAAAUGGGUUCUCAACCAGAGCUUCUUCUGUUUCUGGAACUAAAAGAGCUGCUGCUCACUAUGUUGCUCCCCCAGAGGUUGGAUCUGCUUCUACUACUGCUGUCAGCCAGGUUGUGGGAUGGCCACCAAUAAGGGCUUAUAGGAUGAACAGCUUGUUCAACCAAACAAAGGCUCCAAAUGCUGAAGAAGAUAAGGUGGUUGGUGACGAUGAUAAAAAUAAGGAUGUUUCAAAGAAGAAAUUUAACUAUGGAAGCAACAAGGCUAACUCUACUGGUAACGAAAUCAAAGGGCAUCACCUUGGGUUUGUGAAAGUGAAUGUGGAUGGAUUGCCAAUUGGAAGAAAAGUGGAUUUGAAUGCUCAUGCCUGCUAUGAGACUUUAGCUCAAGCCCUAGAGGAGAUGUUCUUCGGAACAACCACAACCAUUGGUUCUGUUGGUGGAGAGAAGGAACAAGCAAAAAAACCCUCUAAACUUCUGGAUGGAUCGUCCGAGUUUGUGCUUACUUAUGAAGAUAAAGAGGGAGACUGGAUGCUUGUGGGAGAUGUUCCUUGGGGGAUGUUUCUGAGCACGGUCAAGAGGCUUAGAAUCAUGAGGACCUCAGACGCUAAUGGACUUGCUCCACGAUUCCAAGAGAGGAAUGAGGGACAGAGAAGCAAGCCUAACUAGCAUUACUGCAACCCCCUUUCGAUCUAUUAAGCUCCUGUAAGGUGAAGAAACAGCACAGUUUGAAAAAGAAAAUCAAAGGAAAGUAGACAAGUUGAACAGUCCGAGCAUUUUGCCAAGAUUGCCUUUUUGUUGUUUUGUUUUUUCUUUUUUUCCUUUUUUUCUUUUUUCUGUUAACCUCUCUUGUAGGCCUUAUUCAAUCUAGAUUUUUUAACUGCUCUUUCUAGUACCGUAUACAACCUCAUACUUCACCGAUGCCACUUUCUCAUCUCAUACUGUAAAUAUGGCAUUGCUUCAUAUUUAGUGUCUUGAGUUGUUGCCAUCGAGUGGAUUUUAUUUUUUUUUAUUUUUCUUUUCUUUAUUUAUUAUUUAAAGUUUGGUAUGGAAUGGCUUGUGUUGUUUUGCAAUUUAAUUCUAUUCAUUGUGUUUGUUGGUCA